AUGGAAGUUUCCCUCAAUGACCCAGCAUCUAAUAAAACCAGUGCAAAGAGUAACAGCUCAGCAUUUUUCUACUUUGAAUCCUGUCAAUCCCCUUCUCUAGCCUUACCCCUAUUACUCGUUGCCUAUACUGUGGUUUUAAUCAUGGGCAUUUGUGGAAACCUCUCUCUCAUCACCAUCAUCUUUAAGAAGCAAAGAGAAGCUCAGAAUGUCACCAACAUACUGAUUGCCAACCUCUCCCUCUCUGACAUCUUGGUGUGUGUCAUGUGCAUCCCUUUUACUGCUAUUUACACUCUGAUGGAUCACUGGAUAUUUGGGAACACCAUGUGCAAACUCACCUCCUAUGUACAGAGUGUCUCCAUCUCUGUGUCUAUUUUCUCACUUGUAUUAAUUGCUAUUGAAAGAUAUCAGCUGAUUGUGAACCCCCGUGGCUGGAAGCCGAGUGCAUCUCAUGCUUACUGGGGCAUCAUGCUGAUUUGGCUCUUCUCCCUUCUGUUGUCCAUUCCCUUGUUGCUUUCCUACCACCUCACCGAUGAGCCCUUCCGCAACCUCUCUCUCCCCAUUGACCUCUAUAGUCACCAUGUAGUCUGUGUAGAGCACUGGCCCUCCAAGACAAACCAGCUCCUCUAUUCUACCUCCUUGAUUAUGCUCCAGUAUUUUGUCCCGCUGGGCUUCAUGUUCAUCUGCUACCUGAAGAUUGUUAUCUGCCUCCACAAGAGAAACAGCAAAAUAGACAGAAAGAGGGAAAAUGAAAGCCGGCUCACUGAGAACAAGAGAAUCAACACAAUGCUGAUUUCCAUCGUUGUGACUUUUGCAGCCUGCUGGCUGCCCUUGAACAUCUUCAACGUUAUCUUUGACUGGUAUCACGAGGUGCUGAUGAGCUGCCACCAUGAUCUGGUGUUUGCAAUAUGCCACUUGGUUGCUAUGGUUUCCACGUGCAUAAACCCUCUCUUCUAUGGAUUUCUGAACAGAAAUUUCCAGAAAGAUCUGGUGGUGCUUAUUCACCACUGCUUGUGCUUUGCACUUCGGGAAAGAUAUGAAAAUAUUGCCAUCUCUACUCUGCACACAGAUGAAUCCAAGGGAUCUUUAAGAGUGGCUCAUAUACCAACAUGUAUAUAA